AAGAGCAACAAAAUCUAUCGACUACUUGCAUUCUCUCUCUCUCCACAAUUUAUUUUCCCUUUUAUUAAUAAAAAGAAGUCCCUAUUCUUGGAAACCUCCCAAACAAUCCCCCUUUUUAUCCUCUUUUCUUCGCUUUGAAACAUUUCACUUCCCAUUUUUUGAAUUAGGGUUUCGGUUCUUCUCUUCUCUCUCCUUUCUGAUUAAACCCUAAUCGCGCCGAUCCCCCUCUUGCUAGCCGUUAUUCCUUCUUUCCCGCCAAUUUGACCUUCAUCUGGGCCGUUCAUUCCUUGUUUUCAAAUACGAGCCGUUAGAUCGGCCCUCAUUCGCUCAGUUUUUUUGGUCAAACCUUUGAACUGUGUGUUACCCGGGAAUGUCGGCGACCGAAGCGGAGAAGAAGGUGGAGAAAGAGGUGGAAGAGAAGAAGAAAGGAGGAGAGCUCUUGUUCUGUGGUUCCACCUGUUGGGACAUCGUUGGUCGUCGUAAAGGUGCAGUUGAAGGCAACUUAAUCUCUCCCACUCGCCUCCGCCCCCUCGUCGGUGUUGACAUCCGGUUCGUUGCCUCCGGUUGCGCGUCGUGUCAUUGUGUUGCAUUGGAUGUUGAAGGGCGAUGCUACACAUGGGGUCGCAAUGAGAAAGGGCAACUUGGUCAUGGAGAUUCAAUCCAGCGUGAUCGGCCCACUGUUGUUUCUGAACUCUCCAAGUAUAAAAUAAUUAAAGCGGGAGGAGGGAGGAGCCAUACCGUGGUAGUUACUAAUGAGGGUAAUUCCCUGGCCUUUGGCUGGAAUAAACAUGGGCAGCUUGGUUCAGGUUCUACAAGAAAUGAAAUUGAGUCAUCUCCUGUCCGCUGUAUGGUGUCUGAAGUCACAAGUACUGCCUGUGGAGCUGACUUCACUGUGUGGUUAUCUUCUGUUGAAGGAUCUUCAAUACUAACUGCAGGGCUUCCACAGUAUGGCCAACUUGGCCAUGGAACAGACAAUGAGUACAAUUCUAAGGAUAGCUCAGUGAAGCUUGUUUAUGAAGCCCAACCACGCCCAAGAGCUAUAGCUACUCUUUCUGGGAAAACUAUUGUCAAAGUUGCAUGUGGGACAAACCAUACAGUCGCUGUGGAUAAGAAUGGCUAUGUUUACACGUGGGGCUUUGGUGGUUAUGGAAGGCUUGGGCACAGAGAGCAGAAGGAUGAGUGGGUUCCUCGCCGUGUUGAUGUAUUCCAAAAGCACAAUGUUCUUCCUCCUGAUGCUGUUGUUUCAGCUGGUUCUGUAAAUUCAUCAUGUACUGCAGGUGGUGGGCAAUUGUAUAUGUGGGGCAAAAUAAAGAAUACGGGUGAUGACUGGAUGUAUCCUAAACCUCUAAUGGAUUUAAGUGGUUGGAAUUUACGCUGCAUGGAUUCAGGCAAUAUGCACCAUUUUGUUGGUGCAGAUGCCUCCUGCAUAAGUUGGGGCCAUGCUCAGUACGGAGAGUUGGGAUAUGGUCCCAAGGGGCAAAAGUCUUCAGCAGUUCCCAAAAAGGUAGAUAUUUUGGAGGGCAUGCAUGUUAUCAGUGUUGCAUGUGGUAUGGGACAUUCAAUGGUCAUUGUUGAUAGAACAAGCGUUGGUGACAGGCUUGAUCAGCUGGAUGUUUACGAUGGCAAAACUUCUGGUGAAGGAACUGAGGUACCAGAUGCCACUACUCCAGUUCCUAAGCAAAAUAACAAAAAAGGUGCCAGUAAAACUCCUGACUCCUCAAAGAAGAGGAAGAAAUCAAAAGCUUCAUCUGACUCGGAGGAAGAAGAAAAUAGUGAUGUUGAAAGUGACGGCAGUGGAGAACACAUCAAUGGUAAGGUUUUUGCCAAAGGCCGAGGUAAGGGUGCAAAGAAGUCCACUUCAGAGGGAAAGGGUGCUGGGCGUGGACGUGGUCGCACUGGCGCAAACAAAAGUUCGCAGUCCUUUCAAGGAAAAACAACUAAGAGAGGACGGCCGCGGAAGUCAUAAGUGUUAUCAUAUUAUUCCCUAGUCCAAUGGGAAAUUUUGUUCUCUCAGCGUAGAGAAGUGUACUUUUUUAUACAUUGGCCACUGUAUUUGCAUGUUCAACAAGAAUUGUUUUCAUUUUGUUGCUCUUUAGCGCCCCCCUACUUGUGAUCACAUGGUGAAACGACUACCCCUGAAUUAACACUUAAUUUGUUUUCUUUUGGAUGAUUGCUAAAGAAGCAGUGAGAAUUUUUUAAUGGCAGCUUGGACCCUUUUGAUGACGGGAAGAUCUCGUUAAUUUUCUUGUAUAUAUAAUUGAUUUACACGUACACUCGGUCGAUGCAGCACUUGAACUUAGAAUAGACUGCAAAUGCAAUUAUUAUUUACGAUUGAUCGACCUCACUAGCCACAACCCAGAGAUUAAACAACCUUAUCAGGCAUUUGUAAAAGUUAGCAAGCGC